CAGAGUUCUGAGUCUCAGAGUGUCUCUGUUAUCGGAAGCGCUCUCUUUUCUUCUCCGAACCUCAUAGAGUCAUAGUCAUAGUAAUUGCACUCGGAAAAUAAAAUCAAAUAAAGAAAAAACCCUAGAACCGCCAUGGAUAAUUUAAAAGCUUCGUACAAAGACGAAGAGGAAGAAGACGGGGCACCAACCACCGCCGCCGUUGCGGCCGCUGACGCCGUCGUUGGCGACGCCCCGAUUCCCAGUGACGCGGUAGCUGCCGGAGGAGGCACCGAUACGGAAUCAGCCGAAGUUCCUCCUGUAACAACCACCAGCACCGCCUCCGACACGCCAACGGAAGCUCAAAACGACGGCAGAUCGGAGCCCGACCCUUCCGACAUGUCUGAUGACGAACCCGUCUCUGAUGAAGGUUCCCUGAAGAAGUCGCCGAAGUCGCCUGCAAGAGACGAUGGUGGCGGCGGUGACAACGACGAGGACGACGAGGAACCUCCACCGAAGAAGCAGAAGCAGCUCUCCACAUUGACCGCUGAAACCGUUACCGUUAAGAUCGAAUCUUCUCCGGUGGCUGCGGAAUUGCCAGAAGGAGCUAGCAACGGCGACGCCAAUGCGGCCGUGUCAACGCCGGCGACAACGGCCACGGGAACAACGGGGACGAAUUCGAAGAAAUCUAAGAAGAAGAACAACAAUGUGUGGGUAACCAAAUCGAAGAAAUCAAAGAAGAAGAACAAGGCUAACAACAAUAACAACAAUCACCACGGCGCAAACGGCGAAGACACGGUGCUUAUAACGCCGGUGCCGAGGUUCCCGGACAAGAGCGACGACACGGCGGAGAUGAAGAUCUGCCUCUCGAAGGUGUACAAGGCGGAGAAGGUUGAGCUGAGCGACGACCGAAUGGUGGCAGGGAGCACGAAGGGCUACAGAAUGGUGAGGGCAACGAGAGGGGUGGUUGAAGGAGCGUGGUACUUCGAAAUUAGGGUUUUGCAUUUGGGGGAAACAGGGCACACACGGUUGGGGUGGUCCACUGAGAAAGGUGACUUGCAGGCACCGGUUGGUUACGAUGGGAAUAGUUUUGGGUAUAGGGAUAUUGAUGGGAGUAAGGUGCAUAAGGCUCUGAGGGAGAAGUAUGGAGAAGAAGGGUAUAAGGAAGGUGAUGUUAUUGGUUUCUAUAUCAACUUGCCUGAAGGGGAGAAGUAUGCUCCAAAGCCACUGCAUUUGGUUUGGUAUAAAGGACAGAGAUAUGUUGUUGCUCAAGAUGCUAAGGAAGAUCCUCCCAAAGUUGUGCCUGGAAGUGAGAUAUCUUUCUUCAAAAAUGGCGUGUGCCAAGGUGUAGCUUUCAAGGAUCUUUUUGGUGGUCGAUACUACCCUGCUGCUUCAAUGUAUACUCUCCCCAAUGAGCCAAACUGCAUGGUCAAGUUCAACUUUGGCCCCGACUUUGAAUUCUUUCCCGAGGAUUUUCAAGAUCGGCCGAUUCCCAAGCCAAUGAUCGAAGUUCCCUACCAUGGUUUUGAUAAUCGAGUUGAAAAUGGAGAGGCUACUGAGAAGAAACCGUGAAAAGGUUGAUGCAGUUUGCAUAUAUUAUUAACUACGACUCUGCUGCAAAACCCUAGCGGUGCACACGCACUCUGCCUCUGCCGCAUUUGAUAUAUUUCUUUUUUUUUUUUUUCAAUUUUAAAAGAAACUUACAUUCUUUUCUGUUUCAAGCUUGAUCCACUGUACACCAUACCAGCUGAAGGUGACCUAUGAUUGCACCACCUUUGAAAAGUGUAUGUGCUGCACACAUGGUCUUAUUCUUCUGUAACUCUAGAUGGUUCCUGAAUUGACUCAAAUGACUAGCUUAGCUGUGUAAACUUAUGAAACAGAGAAAUUGUUCAAGUCGAAUAUAUAAGAAUUUCAUGGCUUCGAUAA